AUGGGCAUGGCUGAGAAGGGGUCGGCAGCAAGGAAGGCCGGGCUGAUCACCAAGACGCUGGACCGGUGCCGGAGCACGACGGCGAGGAACAACAAGCCGGCAGAGGGCUGCUUCUCGGUGUACGUCGGUGCGGGCAGGCAGCGGUUCGUGGUGCGGAUGGAGUGCUUAAACCACCCGCUGUUCCGGGCACUGCUUGAGGAGGCCGAGGAGGCGUUUGGGUAUGCCGACUCGGGACCCCUUGAGCUGCCCUGCAACACCGAGGCAUUUACCAAGGUGCUGGAGAAGAUCGAGGAGGAGAAGCAGAUGUCGGCUGGGAGGAGGCAUGGCCUCGCCAGGGGGAACUCCUACCGGCUGCUCAGCACCGGCCGGCCUGUCAUCAUUGGCCGGUCGUAG